AUGACGCUAGUGACCCCUCGAGUCUACAACAGUACACCGAGUGUUGGAAAUGCACUUGAAGCUGCGCUCUCGCUCCGAGAUUUAUGCUCGACUCCCCCGCGACUUCGAUGGAGAAUCCAAUGGUUGCAACAACGAAUAAAUUCUGAAGCAAACGGCUGCGGGUGGGUGGUGGCGCAGGUGAGCGAGUCCGUAAAGAAGACCUGGAUUCUUCUAGGAAAAGAGGACGACGACGGAGCGACUGAAGUAAAAUGA